AUGUAUGGAGGCUCUGUGCCGCCUGCGCAACAUUCUAGACCUGUUGCACGAAAUGGACUACCAAGGGAAUAUAAUUUUGGUGGACCGAUGGAUCCUUCAGAUUAUGGACUCAGAAAAUUUGGACCACCUGGGCAAUUUGGGUUUCAAGAUUAUGGACCGCCUGAUUAUGGUUCGGGGUUACCACCAGGGGCACAAUAUGGUUCUGGACUUGCAAGUGGAGUGCAUUUUGGACUUCGAGGAUCACAAGGCCCUCCAGGAGGGCAAGAUGGACCGCCACGUCAUUCACAAUAUCAACCAGCUUCCCAACUACGUUACAUAGGAUCGGCAGGUCCACCUCCAGAUAAAUGGAAUUGGGAUGUUUCGCGACAACAGCCAAAUGAGGGCCCAGAGUCUGCGAGAAACAUAUUAAGAGAACAAAAGCCUCGUGGUCCAUUUCAUGACCUGCCUCAAGUGGAUGACUUUGGUGAGCCGAUUCAAUGGGUGUCUUUGACUGCGGCUAACACAGAGGACGGUCUUGCAAGAGUCACUGACAGAAAAACUGGAAGAAACAUUCAGACAAGAAUAAAUGGCACAGUUUUCGUUCCCGUUAGUUACCACACAACUACAACGACUGAGCCCACGACCACCACCACCGAAAUCACCACAACUCCGGACCCGGUCAUGGAAUCACUACUCCAGUUCGUGACUCCUCGGAACUUGAAGCCAGAAGACUGGCUGGCUUUCGAUGUGAGCUUGAACAAGAAGAAGGCACCUGAGAUGUGUGAUUCGGACGGAUGUCAAGCAAGGGUAAUACCGUAA